AUGAACUACUGCAUUCAAGAAAUGUACGAUAUGCCCCAGCCUGCUGUUAACACCUACUGCAUGCAGCCCACUGAAUAUUGCACUUAUAUCGAAGAUAGUCAGAACUACAGUUCUUGUGAGGCUCAUGUCCUGCACAGCAAUAAUAUAUAUAUGGAUCAGGCCUGGGCGGUGAAUCAGGCUUAUACCUCUAGUUACCCUGGAAACAUGUUUAAAAGCGAGUACUCAGAAAUGGACAUGGCCCUGAAUUCAUACAACCAACCAGGGUAUUUCUCUGAGGAAAAAGCAACUUUUCCAGAAGGACAGUCUCCGAUGUUCUCACAGAAAAAAGGGUACAUACCCAGUUAUUUAGAUAAAGAUGAACUGUGCGUGGUGUGUGGAGACAAGGCUACAGGGUAUCACUAUAGAUGCAUCACCUGUGAAGGAUGCAAGGGCUUUUUCAGGAGAACUAUACAAAAAAAUCUUCACCCAAGCUAUUCCUGUAAAUAUGAAGGAAAAUGCGUGAUAGACAAAGUAACAAGGAACCAGUGCCAAGAAUGUCGCUUCAAAAAGUGCAUCGCUGUUGGCAUGGCAACAGAUUUGGUUUUGGACGACGGCAAGCGUUUGGCAAAAAGAAAACUCAUAGAAGAAAACAGAGAAAAGAGACGCAAAGAUGAAAUACAGAAGUCACUGGUACAGAAGCCUGAACCAACACCAGAGGAAUGGGAGCUAAUACAGGUCGUCACUGAAGCUCACGUGGCCACCAAUGCACAGGGAAGUCACUGGAAACAGAAACGAAAAUUUCUGCCAGAAGAUAUCGGGCAGGCUCCUAUAGUUAAUGCACCGGAGGGUGGAAAAGUGGAUUUAGAAGCCUUCAGUCAGUUUACAAAAAUAAUCACCCCAGCAAUUACAAGAGUGGUUGAUUUUGCCAAAAAAUUACCCAUGUUUUGCGAGCUGCCAUGUGAAGAUCAGAUCAUCCUUCUCAAAGGCUGUUGCAUGGAGAUCAUGUCCCUCCGAGCUGCAGUGCGCUAUGACCCUGAAAGUGAGACCUUAACACUGAAUGGGGAAAUGGCAGUGACAAGGGGACAGCUAAAAAAUGGAGGACUAGGAGUGGUAUCUGAUGCCAUAUUCGAUUUGGGCGUAUCGCUGUCUUCAUUUAACCUUGAUGAUACCGAAGUCGCCUUGUUGCAGGCUGUGCUACUUAUGUCAUCAGAUCGUCCUGGUCUCUCCAGUGUGGAAAGAAUAGAGAAGUGCCAAGAAGGUUUCCUCUUGGCUUUUGAACACUACAUUAAUUACAGGAAACACAACGUUGCACACUUUUGGCCAAAACUGCUGAUGAAAGUCACCGACCUCCGUAUGAUUGGAGCCUGCCAUGCUAGCAGGUUCUUGCACAUGAAAGUGGAGUGCCCCACUGAACUGUUCCCCCCACUCUUCUUGGAAGUGUUUGAGGAUUAGAAGAGACUAUGCUUCAGGAUUCUCGGCACUACUGGGGUCUCCCCUUCCAUUCCAUUGCCUCCGUCACUUUUUUUUGUUCUCGUCCGUUCUGAAUAGACAUGGAUGAAAAUGUUCCUCUGAUGCGGGUACUCGUGACUAUCGUGUUUUUGUUAUUCUGUCCUUUUGAUGUGAAGUUUAUCCGUGGAAGUUUAACCUCUUUUGUGCUGAUGUGGCCAUCAAAUGGUCCUUCAAGUUUUAAAGUGGUUAUUGUAUAAAAAAAAAGAAAAAAAAUGAAAAAAUAUAUAUUAACUUGCAUUCACCAGCACUACGGAUCCUACACAGAAAAGGUAUUCUCAGAUAUUGUGCCUGCGGCUAAAAUCCCUACCAACCGUUACCCUUCAUGAUCAUUCAAUGGUGCAGUAUGGGCAGUAAUAAUCACUCACUGCUGCAAAUGUUCCUCUUACAACAAGGCAAAUAUUUGGUUUCAUCACUAGAUGAUAUUUUUUUAAUUUAUUUUUUUAAAAACCAAACAAUAAAGCCCCUUAUCUGGCACCAGAUGCGACCAGGCGUGGGGAGAAAUUGGUUUGGUAGCAUGUUUUCAGAUUGGUUUGUAGUCAGAGAUUUUAAGCCUGGUAAAAUUCAAUUUCAAACAAUCAUACCUUUAUACUUAA